CAACAUGAGCCUCUUCGGCCAGACAAACGCUGCGUCUGGAGCGCAACAGACACCCAAUGCAUUCUCCAAUACAACGAACACGCAGACAGGUAGCGCCUUUGGUGGAGGAGGUAAUAUAUUUGGACCAAAACCUGCCUCCGGUGGACUUCCAGGAGGUAGUCUCUUUCCGGCUGCUAAUAACAGUGCCAACGCGAACACAGGAGCUACGACCACUGGAGGUAGCCUCUUCGGCAGACUUGGUGGGGCAGCGAACCCCUUGACCAGUGGAGGUACUAGCGGUACGAACCCGUUGAUGGGUGGCAAUGCGACAGGAACAGGCUUGUUCCCUGGGACCAGCUCAGGGACGAAUUCUUUGGGUGGAAACGCAGCCACACUGGCUGGCACAGCACCAGGGACGACAGGCUCGUUUGGAGGGCUGUUUGCUAACAAACCAGCUGAUCAAGGUGCUACGAAGGCCACUCCCGCACCGUCAAAUUUUUUCACCCCACCGCCAUCAGCUAACCUUGGUGCCGCAGGUCCCUCUACAGGACCUACCACUUCGUUACCUGGAGGAAGUCUGUUUCCUAAGAAAGCAGACGCACCAGCUUCGACCUCUACACCAGCUCCUGCAACUGCAUCUUUGAGUGCAUUCUCAUUACCUGGUAGUACUGCAGGAGCAGCGAAGCCCGCAACGACAGGGACCGGAAGUGGACGUUUGUUUGGAAAUCUCAACUCGAACAAAGACAAACCAGAAGAGAAAAAGGACGGUGCCGCUACUGCACCUCUUUUUGGAACGUUGGGCGAUACUGGAGCCAGCACAUCGACCUCGACUGAGAAAAAAGAUGUCCCUGCGCCAUUGGGUUCUCUAGGGACAGGGCUUGGUACUGACAAGAACAAAGCUGCAACCCCAUCGGCUUCAUCCUUACCUGCGCUCAACACCUCUUCCGCAAUCUCAGUGCCACCGCCGUCUAUGCUCAGAGGCAAGAGUAUCGAAGAGAUCGUCAACCGAUGGUCCACGGAACUAGAAAACCACGUUCGCGAGUUUGCCAAGUUCUCAGCCGAAGUCAUCGUCUGGGAUCGUGCGUUGAUUGAAAAUGGGAACAAUCUUGCUGCCCUAUACAGCCAUGUCCGAGCCGCCGAGCAGGAGCAGAACGACAUUGAUCAGUCGCUUGAUCAUAUUGAACAGCAACAGAGAGAUUUGUCUACGACGUUAGAAAUCUACGAGAAACAGAUGGAAGAUAUUCUGGGUGGCCAAGGUGGCGGCCUACGAACGCUCGAUACGGGUCCCGCCGACACAGAGCGCGACAAAAACUAUAUGCUGGCAACGGAGCUCCACAGCCACCUAGAUGACCUCUCUUCCUCGCUCACGCAACUCGUCGAAGCUGCCAAUGCCGUCUCACUAACGCCUGCCACGGAUAACACAACACCCACUGCGAGCGAAAAUUCCAUGAUGCAAAUCGCACAAGUGUUGAGUAGCCACCUGGAGAGUCUGCAGUGGAUAGACGGUGCAUCACGCGAGUUGGAAGGCAAGGUGUCCGAAGUAGAAAGGAAGGUCAAGGAGUCAGGGCUCGGUGGAAACGGAAACAAUGGGAGUUCCGGUGGCGGGAGGCGAGGGUAUGGUCUGAAUCGGUGAGGCUGUAAUAGCUCUGUUGUCUUUUCAUUGUAUCCUAUAAAUGACCGUGCAGGAUUGUAUGAUUGGU